UUUUUUUUUUUUUCUUUCUCUUCUUCCCUCUGAGCUGUCUUAUACAACAACAAUAUAUUAAGAACUUUGCUUUCUCCACAAUUCAAAGCUCAAUUAGUUUUACUCAUAUUUCCCUCUCUCUUUUGUAAAGAUUUGGUAUUAGAAGAAGAAGAAGAAAGAAUAAACAUUUCAAUCAGAUCUUGUUUUUAAGUGCUUUAUUUUCUCUUUCUCCUCCUAUAAGCAAAGUUAUAAAACAAAACUAAACGCAUCAAAUCCCGGAGAAGAAAAAAAAAGUGAUUCUUUCUAGUGAAGAAGGGAAAUAAAAAAUAAAAAAGUCGAAGACUUUACAUCUGGGUUAAUCGAGAUUAGAUCUUCUUGCAAUGGGCAUGGCAGCAGAAUCACAGUUUCACGUAUUAGCUGUUGAUGAUAGUCUAUUUGAUCGGAAACUUAUUGAGAGGUUGCUUCAAAAGUCUUCCUGUCAAGUAACUACUGUUGAUUCAGGCUCAAAGGCUUUAGAGUUUCUGGGUUUAAGACAAGGUAUUGAGAGUAACGACCCAAAUGCGCUUUCUACGGCUCCUGUUAAUCACCAGGAAGUUGAAGUGAAUCUUAUAAUUACAGAUUAUUGUAUGCCUGGCAUGACUGGUUUUGAUUUGCUCAAGAAAGUCAAGGAAUCAUCAGCUUUGAAGAACAUACCAGUAGUAAUAAUGUCCUCUGAGAACGUUCCUGCAAGAAUCAGCAGAUGUUUAGAAGAAGGAGCUUUAGAGUUUUUCGUGAAACCAGUGAGAUUGGCUGAUCUUAACAAGUUGAAACCUCAUAUGAUGAAAACUAAGUUGAGGAGCCAGAAGAUGGAGGAGAUUGAGAAACCUUCAAAAGACGAAAAUGGAUCUGUGGUAGCAGCAGUUGUAUCAGAGAUUAAAGACUCUACAAAAACCGAAAUCGAAAUCUUGCCUCUGCAACAAGAUCCGCUAUUAGUACAACAAGGGGAGCAAAUGUUGAGCACUAACAACAAAAGGAAGUCAAUGGAAGAGGGGAUCUCAACAGAUAGAGCGCGUCCCAGAUUUGAUGGUAUCACAACUGCUGUCUGAUCUAUCGCCAUGAUGCUUCUUUUUUAGAGUUUUGUAGAUUGUCGUAGGAAUGCAUCUGCUGGUACAAUACAUGGUUUCAGUAAGGAAUGCAGAGAGGGGGGAUAUGGUGAUGAUGAUGUAUGGGGAUAAUGUUUAUAUGUAUAUCAGUAAAUCUUACAUGGUGAAUAACCCAGUUCCCAAUUUUGUUUCACUCCAAUUUUUUACUUUUGGUACAAAGAAUCUCAACUUGACUAUCUGAAAACGGUAUCAAGGAUCUGUAGAUGUCAUCCUAUUUGCCAACUGUAGUUUCAAUGCAGUUCACAAUAUUUCUUUGUUA